ACAUCACACUUGCCACAAGUGGGACCCACAUUGAGUCUUGGUAUACAGAAAAAGUAAUCUCCACUUCGAAAAUUGUGAAAUGAGAAAAUCAAAAAUUCAAGCAACCAUUUUUUUUUCCUGAAUUUUCAACUUUAAAACCAAAAUUUGACCCUCUUCUACAAAGGCAUAUAUACAAGUACUUUUCAUUCGAGUUGAAUAUUGAAAUAUUUGGUGGGUGUUCUUUUGCUUCUUCUUUCAGCCUUCUCACCACCCACCUAAUUCUCAAGAACAAGAGUACUGGUCAAAAAUGGCUGUUUAAUCUCGAGUUACUGGAAUUUGCACAAGUUUUUUGCAAUUUCCAUAAUUAGAUUGAAAUUUUGUAAUUUGGGAAAGUUUUAAAGAUGUUUGGGUGUGAUUGUUUUCACUGGAAUACAAGAUUAGAUUAUCAUAAACAUGGUGAAAUUCCUAACCCUGAGCCCUUUUCUUUGCCUGCUGCUCUUCCAGAAUGGCCUAAAGGUGAAGGUUUUGCCACAGGAAGAAUAAACCUUGGAGAACUAGAAGUUGCCCAGGUUACAAAAUUUGAAAAAGUAUGGAAUUGCACCCCGUCUCGUAAAAAUGCCAACGGUGUCACAUUUUAUCGACCUGUAGAAAUCCCAGAUGGAUUUUUUUGUCUUGGGUAUUAUUGCCAACCUUGUGAUAGCCCACUGCGGGGAUUUGUCCUUGUUGCAAGAGAAGUAGAAGAAUCACCAGAUUGUCCUGCUCUAAUGAGACCGCUUAACUAUUCUUUGGUUUGGAGCUCAGAGUGUGGUUUUAUCUGGUUGCCUUACGCUCCGACAGGCUACAGAGCCAUGGGCCUUCUUGUCACUGAUACACCCGUUGAGCCUUCAAUUGAUGAUAUUCGAUGUGUUCGGUCAGAUUUGACAGAAAAUUGUGAAGCUUGCUGUAUGAUGCUUGAUGACGAUCUUUCAGUUUGGGAAACGAGGCCUUGCAGAAGGGGUAUGCUUGGAAGAGGUGUUUGUGUCGGAACAUUUUUUUCCUGUACAUAUGGAAUAGAUGAAGAUGAUGUUGUAACCACGGCAUGCUUGAAGAAUAGAGAUCGUACACUCCACGCAAUGCCUAAUUUGAUGCAGAUACAUGCCCUUAUCCAGCACUAUGGACCUACGGUGUACUUCCACCCUCAUGAGAUCUAUAUGCCUUCUUCAGUGCAAUGGUUUUUCGACAACGGGGCACUCUUGUAUGAGAAUGGGAAAAUUGAUGCUAAGAGAAUCGAUUCAAAAGGGUCGGUGUUACCUAAGGGUGGUUUUAAUGAUGGAAAGUACUGGAUAGAUUUGCCCAAGGAUAAUGAAAAACGAGAUUAUGUCAAACGUGGGAAUUUAGAGAGUGCAGAGCUGUAUGUUCAUGUAAAACCCGCAUCUGGUGGUACUUUCACCGAUAUUGCAAUGUGGAUCUUUUGUCCCUUCAAUGGGCCAGCAACCCUUAAAGUCGGAUUGGCAAAUUUCACGCUGAAUAAGGUAGGAGAGCAUGUCGGAGAUUGGGAACAUUUUACUCUUCGUGUGAGUAACUUCACGGGAGAGUUGUGGAGCAUAUACUACUCAGAACAUAGCGGUGGUAAGUGGGUAGACGCAAGUAGUUUGGAAUAUAUCAAUGCGAACAAAGCAAUCGUCUAUUCAGCUAAGGAUGGGCACGCUAGUUAUGCAAAGGCCGGAAACCAUCUAUUAGGCCCAUUUAAGUCGGGGGUUGGAGUAAGAAAUGAUGUUGCUAAAAGCAAGUAUUUUGUAGACUCGAGUACCAAUUACAAAAUUGUUGCUGCCGAGUAUCUUGGCGAUUCGGUUGAAGAACCGUGUUGGCUCCAGUACAUGAGAGAGUGGGGACCAACAUUGACGUACGAUGGGCGUUCUGAGUUAGAGAAGAUCAUUAAUCAUCUUCCAAUAUUCGUCCGUUUCUCAAUGGAGAACUUGUUGGAUCUGUUCCCGACUGAACUUUAUGGCGAGGCAGGACCAACAGGACCCAAAGAGAAGGAUAAUUGGUUCGGAGACGAGAGAUGGUAAUAGCUAAUGAAGCGCACAAAGGCGCUCAUGUAUUGUUGGUAGGAUGUUGGCUUCCUAUGUGCCUGAUUUAUUUCCUUGUUGGUGAGUAAACUCUGAAUUGGCUAAUUGUCAUAGAAUUUCAGAGUAAGAUACCCCAUAUUCAUUGUAUACUUGAUGUUGUAAUAUAGUAAAAACUUUCUCACAUUCCACUUCUUACUUUGUAGUUACCAUUUACAAAUCAACAUUCAGUAUUUUCUGCUUGUUGUUCCAUUAUUUGCAUGAAUUAUGCAUCUAACUUUUUUCAA